AUGACGGAGACGAUGGCGCUGAGUGGCACUAACUGUCGGACUAACAGCUUCCCCGAUGUGGUGGAGUUGAACGUGGGCGGACAGGUGUACUACACGCGCCACUCCACUCUGGUGGGAACCCCCAAUUCAGUCCUCGGAAAGCUGUUCUCCUCCAAAAAAGACGCAUCCAAUGACUUGGCGCGAGACCCCAAGGGCCGGUACUUCAUCGACCGGGACGGGUUUCUAUUCCGGUACGUGUUGGACUACCUCCGGGACCGGCAAGUCGUCCUCCCGGACCACUUCCCGGAGAAAGGGAGGCUCCUGAAGGAGGCAGAGUACUUCCAGCUCCCCGACUUGGUGAAGCUGCUGACCCCGGAGGAGAUCACGCUCAGCCCGGAUGACUUCUUCCACAGCGACAACGAAGACGGGUCCCACGGCAGCGACCCGCGGCAGUGCCCGCCCUCCUUGCUCGUGCCCGCGGAUAGGAAGAGCGGCUUCAUCACGGUGGGGUACCGGGGCUCGUGCACCACGGGCCGGGAGAACCAGACCGACGGCAAGUUUAGGAGGGUGCCUCGGAUACUCAUAUGCGGCCGGGUGGCUCUCGCCAAGGAGGUUUUCGGGGAGACCCUGAACGAGAGCCGGGAUCCGGACCGGACCCCGGAUCGGUACACCUCCCGGUUUUACCUCAAGUUCAAGCACCUGGAGAGGUCCUUCGACAUGCUGUCGGAGUGCGGCUUCCAGAUGGUGGCCUGCAACUCGUCGGUCACCGCGUCGUUUGUCAACCAGCACACGGAGGAGAAGGUCUGGUCCAGCUACACCGAAUACGUCUUCUACCGCGGCGCGUCGCGUUGGUCCUCCCCGGCGUGCGACUGCUGCUGCAAGAACCACAAGGGCGACGGCGAGGGCGAGAGCGGCACCUCCUUCAACGAGCUCUCCACCUCCAGCUCCGACAGCCAAUCGGAAGCCGGCUCCCCCCAGGGGACGGUCAUCUGCGGCCAGCCGCGCCCUCGCUCCCAGGCCAACGUCCAGACCCUGGACCGGCCCGCGAAGAAGGGCCCCGUGGCGUCGCUGCAGCAGUCCGAGCAGCGGAGGAAGAGCGAGCUGCUGCGCUCGCUCACGGCGAGCGCGCGCGACACCAGCAAGAAGAGGCCGGCCAAGGAGAAGCCGUCGGUGGAGGAGGAGCUGGAGAAGUGCAUCCAGGACUUCCACAAGAUCAAGAUCCCCGAGCGCUUCCCCGAGAGGAAGUACAUGUGGCAGGCCGACCUGCUCAGGAAGUACCGCGUCUGA